GCAAUUAAGAGAUGUUCAACAAAAACUUACAGAUGGUUUGCAGUCACAGAAGGCAGGAGGUUUGGCAGCGAACAGCAUGGCGACUUCGACUCUAUGGGUACUCUGGAUGUGUACAGUCCUCUUUGGGCAAGGAGUGAAGGCUCAGGACUGCGGUGUCGCACCUCUGAACACAAAGAUAGUCGGUGGUGAUGGCGCCACUGCUGGGUCUUGGCCCUGGCAGGUCAGCGUACACUAUAAGGGGAACCACAUCUGUGGAGGGACCCUCAUCGACAACCAGUGGGUUCUCACAGCAGCCCAUUGCAUUAUAACAAAAACCGUGAGUGAUUGGACCCUCUACCUCGGAAGAGAGACUCAGGCUGGUCCAAAUGCUAACGAGGUUUUACGCAGUGUGUCCCAGGUCAUCGUCCACCCAAACUUCAACAACACCCUGUUUAACAACGACAUCGCCUUGAUGAAGCUCGGGAGGGUGGUCGAUUUCACCGACUUCAUACGACCUAUCUGCCUCGCGGGUAGCGGCAGUCAGUUCUUCAAUGCCACUUCAUGCUGGAGUACCGGCUGGGGAAAACUUUUGAGCAAUCAGACCUUGCCAGCGACCGAGAAACUACAGCAGGUCCAGAUUCCUGUCAUUGGAAACAAACAGUGCGCCUGCAGUUACAUACCAACAGACGCAACCAUCACAAGCCAAAUGAUUUGCGCCGGCGAAAAGAACAAAGGAACAUGUCAGGGAGACUCAGGCGGACCUCUGCAAUGCAAGCAGAACUCAAAGUGGAUCCAGGCUGGCAUCACAAGUUUUGGGAUACCUUGUGCUACUGCUGGGUUUCCGGAAGUCUACGCUCGGGUCUCUGACUUUCAGACGUGGAUCACGGGUCAGAUCAUUGGGACCACAGCUGGCUUCGUGACAUUCACUUCUACUGGAACUGAUGCAGACAGCAGCUUUACAUGUCCCAACGCAUCCACUGGAAACUCAGGCAAACUUUCUGCUGAGUUAUUUGUCAUCUCUGUGACAGUGAUGCUGCAUCCAUUUAUUACUCAGUAGAAGUCUAUUUUUUGAGAUUUUUGCUGCUCUUUAAAUCAUUUUAUGAAGUAAUUAUAUUUUAAAAUAAAUAAUGCAUGUCAAAGUCAACUUUGUAUGAAUACAAGUUCAGUACUAUUGUCAUAUUCUAGUGGUUUUGCAAGGAACCAAAUGUUGCAUUUAGGUAGGAUUUAACAGGAGGAUCUGACAAAGGAUGGGUGAAAACAGGGGAUGUGUACAAGCUGGGGAGGGGAUUACUAGUACAAGCAACAGGUGAGAUUAUUACUGAGUGGAAGCAGCUGAUGGGGGACAGCUAUGGGCAAUGACUGAACAGAGUAAACACAAGGAAAACACUUGAGAAAAUGAAAUUGAAUAUGACCAAACGCAAAGUAACUGGAAACUACAAAGGUAAUUGAAACGACCCAGAACUGAUCACCAAAGGAAUGGAUGUGAACCAAAGGCCCAGGAUCAUGACAACUAUGAAAUGUUGAUAAAAGAUAGACUUAGCUAAAAACAUAAAAAUAACAUUGGAUCCAAAAGAUUAAAAUUAAAGAAGUAUCAUCAGGCUUUCUCACCAGUGUUACGUAGUCCUUCAGAAAAUAUUUCAAUAAUAAAAUCAAAAUCAAACUUUUGUCCUCACAGGUAUUAAUAUACCUGCCACUUUUAGGUUCAAAGAGAUAAUUCCACACACGUUUCUUCAGACUGGAAGUAAUUUUAACAUUUUAGAGCAGCCCAGCCAGAGUCACUACUUGGUACUGAUGCAAAGUGCUUUUAGAAAGCUAAAGAUUAGGGUGAUGGUAAGGUGGAUUUCAAACCUCAAAGACUUAAAAUACCAAAGGGAACAUGUAAAAAGCUGAUUAGCAAUUAUAAGAAGGGUUUAAUUGCUAUGAUGUGCUAUGCCAAUAAAGAUUUUUCUAUUGUAUAUUGAGAAGCAUAUACAUUAUUGUUAAUUCAAGUAUAAUUAAAAACAUUUUUUGUUCAGA